AUGCUUACAACUUCUCUAAAGAAGCAGCUGUAUCGUCUUUCUGCUAUAGCCAAUCAUAUUGCCUCAGAUGAUAAAAUCGAAGCUUCCCUUCAGAGUCACUCAGCAUCAGCUAUGCUUGCUCUCACAUAUAUUCUCUCUCUUGAGAAAGGAUCUUCUGCUGAAUCUUCUUUCUCUGAGAUAGCAGUUCCUAUGAUUCUUCGAGCUACUAAGCUCUGUUAUCAUCUUAGACCUAUGCUAAGUAAUGAAGGUGAAGCCAUAUCCCAUCCUGCCAAGUGUAAUCUUACCAAAUGGAACGGACUUCUGGAUGGAUGUAUUGGUUUGUUAGAAUCUAGACUGAAGUGGGGAGGACCUUUAACCGUGCAACAGCAUAUCGCUAGUGGUACACCAUUGCUUCUUAUAAAUCUGAAGGAAAGGGGGUGCGCAUCGCUGAUCCCCGACGUGAAGAACUCUACCACAAUCUUCGAAUCCACCUCCACUACUAAGCGCGGGACUCUUUUCUCCCAUGCCAUGUAUUAUACUCCCCAAAGUUCUGCUAACGGAGCAGAGCAUACGCUGAUGUUGAGAGCGCAGCCACCCAACCAUGUCCCAUGCUCGUCCCGUAGAACACCACCAGCUGUGGCCAUACCUACCUCGUGA